GGUCACAUUGGCAAUCCAUCCUCCACCUCCUCCUCCUCUUCCUCCUGCAACCCGUUCAGCUCCACACUCUCCCCAUCUCUGUGCCAGCCGCCGGACUCCACCGUCUCCUCCACCGGACCAGAUAACGGAUAUCAGCUUGUAGAAACGUCUGUAAAACCCUGUGAUCAUGUCCUCAGUGCUGCAGAAACUGAUCAGCCCUCUGGCCAGCAGCCCCGCUGAGCCUCCCAGGAACAAGGUGACAGUGGUCGGGGUGGGCCAGGUGGGCAUGGCCUGUGCCGUCAGCAUCCUGCUGCGGGACCUGUGCGAUGAGCUGGCUAUGGUAGAUGUGAUGGAGGAUCGCCUCAAGGGAGAGAUGAUGGACCUGCAGCACGGCAGCCUCUUCCUCAAGACCUCCAAGAUAGUCGCCGACAAAGACUACGCAGUGACAGCCAACUCCCGCCUGGUCGUGGUGACAGCCGGUGUCCGCCAGCAGGAGGGAGAGAGCCGCCUCAACCUGGUGCAGAGGAACGUCAACGUCUUUAAGUCCAUCAUCCCCCAGAUCAUCAAGUACAGCCCCAACUGCACACUCAUCGUGGUGUCCAACCCUGUUGACGUGUUGACCUAUGUGACCUGGAAGCUGAGCGGUCUGCCCAAGCACCGUGUCAUCGGCAGCGGCACCAACCUGGACUCUGCCCGAUUCCGCUACCUGAUGGCCGAACGCCUCGGCAUCCAUGCCUCCUCCUUUAACGGCUGGGUGCUGGGAGAGCAUGGAGACACCAGUGUGCCUGUGUGGAGCGGUGCUAACGUGGCAGGAGUCAACCUGCAGAAGCUGAAUCCUGAGAUUGGCACUGAUGGUGAUAAGGAACAAUGGAAGGCCACACACAAGGCUGUAGUGGACAGUGCCUAUGAGGUGAUCAAGCUGAAGGGCUACACUAACUGGGCCAUCGGUCUGAGCGUGGCGGACCUGACUGAGAGCAUCGUCAAGAACAUGAGCCGUGUCCAUCCUGUCUCCACCAUGGUCAAGAGCAUGUAUGGGAUUAGUGAGGAGGUCUUCCUGUCUCUGCCCUGCGUGCUUAACAGCACCGGCGUGAGCAGCGUGGUCAACAUGACCCUGACGGAGGCCGAGGUGGCCCAGCUGAAGAAGAGUGCCGACACGCUGUGGGGCAUCCAGAAGGACCUGAAGGACCUCUGAACACACCCGCGCACAUAAGACACACCCAUGGUGCAGAGAGGCCUGUCGGCACGCACACACUCCUUUUAUAACGCCCCCCUCUCUUAGACCGUAUCGCUCUUAUUUUGAAGGAGAGUACCAGAGUUUUUUGUAAAGAUUGUGUCAGUGAGAUUUUUUGUUUUACCUGUACGUCAUCCAGCCUGAUUUGACUGUUUAAAAUCUGUGCUGUCAGCUUCCUGUCAUUCACCUUUAUGUCUGAGAAACUCUGGUAUGCUCCUUUAACAAAAUAAAGAGUUUUGCUCUCCAGCACUUAGUAGGCUGAAGUCGCUGUGUUACUGUGUUUAUGUAACGAGAUGUAAGCUGACCUGUGUUACUGUACUCUUUCAGCUGUUUGGACCAGAAUCAAACACAACCCUCAGAAAGCCAAAACUAUCACUGUACUCCACCGCCACCACUUCCUGUACUGAGUCCUUUCUUUAGUUCACUCAGAGAGAGACCCCAAACAUCUCAGCAAAGACACAAAAAAAUCCAAAAUGACGCUGUUUUCCUCUUGCCUUCGUCUAAAAGUGGUUUUCUGCAGCAGACAGCUGCACACUUAGGUCAACACGCAGUGAAAUUGUGACAUCGUGAGUGUGAUGGUGGAUUGUUCUUCCCCUCCUGUUUUCUCAGUGUUGGCAAAGGGAGAUGGAGCAGCAGGGGAGGAGUGGGAACGUUCAGCUUGAGUUGUUUUUUAAACAUCAGUUGUUACCGUCUGACCUUGUGUUGUGUGUAACUUAAUAAAUCUGAUGAAGAGUG